AACUCACUGAUGAACUAACUUAACUAUGGUGGCACCACGCAAAAAGAAACAUUCCAUCAAUCAGUUGUUGCUACGUCGCGCUGUGAGUCGCACAAAACCCUCCAAAUUACCAGUUAGUGCUGCCCAAGGCGGACUUCCUUUAUAUGAUGUGUACGAACCGCGGUGUGGCAUCUCGGUGCGACCAUCGAUCGCCAGGGACUCGCAUUUAGUGCACAUCAUGCAGAGCAGUCUCCCCAGCAAGGCGAGGAAAAUUCGCAGCAGACGCAACUUUCGCAGCAGUCCGCAUCGGAAUACGGAGAGAAUGUCUUCGGAAGGAGGGAAAAAAAUCAAGACCCUAUUACAACCUUGGCGAAAGCUGCAGCAAGUUGCAAUGCCAUCAAGCCACAGCAUGAAGCCACGUUCCCGUGCCAGUUCAGUGGGAUAUCCCUCUAGCUGGAAUUUUGAAACUCCGCGGAACGAAAACGUGAUCAUAAUGCAAGAACACAAUCAACAUACUAGGAAGCCCUUGGGUCGAUUUAACGAUAGCAGCAUCCAAUGCACACUGAAGAGUAGCCAAACAAGAACACGCUCAAAGGGUUCGGCACAGACGCAAACAACUUUGGACCCCGAUUUGCCAACGGAGAAUUCUUCUCAAAUCGAAUUGAACAGUCAUCAGUUGCAACAGCGUCAUUUAUCGCCCACAACAAUUGCAGAAAUGAAUAGGCUUUUAAUUCGAAAUCCAUUGGUCCCAAAGACUUCCAGAAAACCAGAGAUGCAACCCCAUCGUGUGUUUAGCGGUGAUGCAAGUUAUAGUAUUCCUUCAUAUCAAAAGAAGAAAAACUACGGUGGUUAUACACCAUCAGAAGUUAGUUCCGAAACGAUGCGAAAAUCCAUGGACAUAGAAACCCAACCUUCAGAACGGUUGAGUCGUAUUGAGAAAAUCAGUUUGCCACCCUCGACAAAUGGUCGCAAAACUAAAGUGAAUCAUUGGAAUUCGGGCAUGAAAUGCGCGUGCGCAGCCACCAUAAGCAGAAAGAGUCGACCUGCUUGCAAUUGCGAUGAAGUCAAGAAACCUGGCGGAACUUGGAGACUAAGACUUGCCUCAAGAGAUGAAUUAAAGUCUUAUGAAGAAGCCGAGAUGGUCGACACCUGUCCAAUAUCAUGUGGGGAAAAUCGUCACACAAUGGAUCUUUCACAAUGGGAUCAAGGAAUACGGCCUUCAGAUCCGUAUAAAAAAAUGCGGCGUUCAGGACAGUAUAAAGAAAAUGAGCUUUCAGAAAAUUCUCAAGAUUCGGAGCACUCAGCAUCUGAGAUGGAUGAAAAUAAAAAUUUAAUGAGGACAGGCGUGCCGGAACACAGGUCCUCCUCGGGCUUAUCCAAAAGGAAUGUGGGCUUUGAGCACGGACAAUUCAAUUGUUGUCAAUGUGCUAAUGCCGAAACGCAAACUCUGCGAAAGGGUUCCAUGGCCGGAAAGAGUUCCAAAGAAACUGAAGACUUCAAAGAUUGCAACUGCAGGUGCGACGAUCAAGAGAUUAUAGCGGAAACGGAACAAGAACUCCCCGAAGACACGGCCCUUAAAUCUCCAAAACAAUCUGAUAUGUCGUCUGAAGAACGUGGUUCAAGAAGCAGAACGAGCAAAAAAUCCCUUGAUUCGGUGAAAUUGAAAAAGAGUACUUCGAAUAAGUCACUCGAUUUGGAUAAUUCCAGCCGAAAGUCAUUUAAUGCGGAUAAAUCCCGAAAAAGCCUAAGCUCAGUUGAAGAUGAUUUUGAAAAUCGAAAAUCAUAUUAUGAGAAUAAACCUCGAAAAAGUGCAAAGUCAACUGCUGAUGAUUUUAAAAAUAGAAAGUUAAACUAUGGGGAUAAAUCGCAAAACAGCUCAAGUCCGAAUGCGGAUGAUUUUGAGAACAGGAAGUCAUUUUAUGCGGAUAAAUCGCGAAAGAGCGCGAAGUCAACUGUUAAUGAUGAUGAAAAUCGAAAAUCGUUUUAUGGGGAUAAAUCGCGAAAGAGCUCAAAGUCAGUUGCUAAUGAUUUUGAAAAUAAAAGAUUAGUUUAUGGGGAUAAGUCACGAAACAGCACAAAAUCAACUGUUAAUGAUUUUGAAAAUAGAAAAUCAUUUAAUGGGGGUAAAUCCCGAAAGAGCUCAAGUCCAACAGAUAAAGGUUUCGCAAAUCCAAAGUCAUUUUAUGGGGAUAAAUCCCGAAAGAGUUCAAGUCCGACAGCUGAUGAUUUUGAAAAUAGAAAGUCAUUUUAUGGGAAUAAAUCCAGAAAGAGUCAAGACUCGAGUCCGACAGGUGAUGAUUUCGAAAAUCGAAAGUCAUUUUAUGGGAAUAAAUCCCGAAAUAGUCAAGACUCAAGUCCGACAGCUGAUGAUUUCGAAAAUCGAAAGUCCUCUUAUAAAGAUAAAUCCCGAAACAGCGCAAGUCCAACUGCCGAUGAUUUUAGAAAUUCAAACACAACUGGGUUAGAUUAUGGUAACCUGACUUGUGAAUAUCCGCAAUGCCCAGCUUGUUGCUGCUGGAAUCAAUGUUGGAACAACUACCCCACUUGUCUAUAUAAUCAGUCGUGUUAUAGCCAACAACAAGAUGCGAUGAAGAAUAAUUAUCAAAAUAGAAACAAUUAUCAGAUGACCUGCAAAUGUGCUACAGCAACAACGCAAACUUCAUAUACCUCAAAAGUAUUACAGAAAAACCGCAAGGAUGCGCAAAAAGAUCCUCAGCAUGCUUCUGAACCUGAUGAUCCCCAGAGAAAUCGACGUGUUAGUUAUACCGGCUCGGAUUCUAGUCCAACGUCUCAGGAACCCACAGCUGCUGAAGUAGAUAAUGCUAACAAAAAUUCUGUAAGAGAAAAGGUACCAAUUGAUUCGAAAAAUGAGGAGGUUAAAUGCAACUGUAAAUGCCCCAAUUGUGGAAUUCUAUUCAAUACCAAACCAAAUAUGAAAGCAGACAAAAUAUCGACACAUAAGAGAAACAGCAAUGCGAGGCCUGAAGCCACAACGAUUUCAGAUAGCAAUCAAAUACCAGUGCGACCUACAACCCCUGAGAAUACAACAGUUCCAACACCAUUGACAACUCGAACCAUGAUAGGUAGCGACAAAAAGUCAAAUGAAUUUAAUAACAAUACAACUGAAAACUGUCGCACCAAUCCCAGAUGCAUUGCCGCUAACUGCGGUCAAAGUUUCGACAAUUCAAAUCAAUUCAACAAUUCCAAUGUGUCUAAUGCGGCUAUAGAUGAAAAUUGCAAUGUCAAUCAAAUAAUUGAGAUAUUGCAGAAGACAGUUGUCGGAUUGGAAGAACAAAAGAAAAUAUUAAGUCAAGCGGUGCGAAAUCUAAAUACAAAUCAAAACAAUUCUAAUAAUCUUGCUGAAGAUUUCCCAGAUGAAAACGAUGAGGGGAAAUUACCCCCACGAAAAAGAUAGAAACCGUUUUCCGAAUGAUACUGAUGGCUAUACUGUGAAUAAAUCAAAAGAUAAAAACAGUAAGAUCGGCAAAUAUUGGCAGCAAUCACAGAAAGCUUCAUCCAAAAAAAAUACGACUAAAACGAAGUAUGCGGAUUGCUAUGAAAACUGUCCAGGAUUGCAAAUGAAUGGAUUUAAUCCUGAUGACUGUCCAUGCAACACUCGGAGGCGCAGUGGCAGCGCUUACCCCAGCUUUGAAAAGGGCAAAAAAAUAUUGCUACAACACCUUCAAUUUGGGCCGAUUUCUUAACACAAACCGAUCAGCUUUGAAGAAUAUUCUUUUAAAGCCUCGGCAAAAGAGUAGGGAACCAACUUUGCAUCAAAUAUUUAGCGAGGAGCCUUGUUUACAGGUUCGACAACAUAGUGAGUUCUUGAAUAACAAGAAUUUAAAAUAUUUGGAUGUUCCAAAACAGAAUAGCUACGAACGAAAUAUUUUAAUAGCUUUUGAGCAAAAGAAAGCUGCAUUGGAAAAAUGCAAAGAACAAGAACUAUAUUAUGACGAAUCUUCAGAUUGUGAAGAUCCAGAGGAAAUAGAGGAAAGCUGCUGGAAUUCCAAAUGUAAGCGUCGACAGAAAGAACAAUCUGAACAAACAGAUCUAUCUAUUCGAUAUGCAAACGACGACAGAGAUAGUUCUGAUUGUGGGUUGGCUUUCUGUAGAGCACGCAAUGUCUCUACUAGAAGGAAAACAAGGCACAUGGAUUCAUUUAAUAUAUCUACCAAAUAUAGCAAUAGUAAUUGUGGCUGCAACAAUCAACCUCAUCAUCGAGGCAUAACCAAGCGAGUAGACCCAAUUGUCAAAUACUCAAUUCAGCAUUUACCUGAUUACAAUGAGGGUCUCCCAAGGUCAAGUAAAAAUACAGCUUCACAUAAAUGCUAUUUUCGGAAUAAUGAUAAUACAUCGAGGAAAACUCAACAAGGCAGAAGUCCAAGCGAGGCUUCUAAUUCCAGGUUAGUUUAUAAAGAUCAACAACAACGUAGAGAGCAGUCUUCAAAAUAUCAAUGUUUUUGCGAAAUAGAUUCCGCCGCUUAUAAAAACAAUACAAAAGUAUUGGACAAAUGUCACUGCCCAAAGAUUGCUGAACCACCAAGGCCCUCAAAAACGUCAAAGGAUAUAGACAACAAAAGAUCAUCAAAAGAAUUUAAGAAGAAAGAAUCAUCAAAAUUAUUUCCACUUUGCAAAAAGGAUAAAAAAGAUGAACCCAAGACCCCUAAGCUCAAACCCUCAAGGAAUUCAGUAAUCAUUAAGAAAAAGUCAUCAAGCAUAUUUCCUUGUCGCAAUAAAGAAAAAGAAGAAAAGCCAAGCACUUCAAAAGAAUUGAAGAAGAAAGAAUCAUCAAAACUGUUUCCACUUUGCAAAAAGAAUAAAAAAGAUGAACUCAGCACUCCAGAACCCAAAACCUCUAAAGAUUCUGUGGGUAUAAAAAAAAAAGGAUUCUCAGGUCUCUUCCCAUGUUGCAGUAAAGCAGAGAAAGUCACGACAGAAAAGAACAUCUCAAAAGAACGACAGAAAACCUCAAAAGAAUCAGUAGACCUAAAUAGGAAAAAAACUUCAAAUCUCUUUUCUUGUUGCAAUAAGAAAAGCAAAGAAAAGCCAGAGCCAAAGACUUCUGAGGAUCUUCACAAACCUAACCGAAAGAAAUCCCGGAUAUUCAAGUGCUUCAUUCAAACAAAUAAAGAAAAAAAAGAGGAAACUGAUAAAGAGAAGAAGCCAAAGAAAUUGUCACCGAACCUCUUUGCAUGUUUCAGUCGAACAGAUAGGCAAAAGAAAGAACCGCAAAACCACCCUGAUCAAGAGAAGAGUCCAAAGAUAAAACGAUCUGGUCUGUUCACGUGCUUCAAUAAAUCAAAUAAAAUGCCUUCACCAAAGGAACCAAAGACAUCGGAGGAAACUGUUAAACGACCAAAACCUAAGCAAAAAUCAAGUCUCUUUCCUUGCUGCCAUAAACCAACAAAGCCAGCCGAAAAGUUGCCACCAAAAUCACCCGAGGACCAUGAAAAGAAGCAAAAGCCAAAAAACAUUUUUCCAUGCUGCGCUAGAAAAA